UGUCCCUUUAUAGGUAGGUAAUGUUAAAUUAAGAUGAAUAAAAAUGUACAGUUGUCGAAACUUACAAAAUUACUUUAUCACUACGUCACACUGGAUUAGAUUCGAUUACUGUAAACGUCAAUAACCUAUUCUACUUAUAAAGUUAUAACCUAGUAUUGAUUGCAAAUAUUGACUCAUCAGUCACGUAGGUACUCGCAAAUGUUGAAGAAGUAUUCGGGGCUGCGCAGACGAGGGAGUCUGUAUCAACUGGAUCACGAAGUUUAUCGACGUAAUUUAUAAGGGAUCGAUUGUGAUAACAAAGUAUCCCGUGAAUCCGGCGGCGGAUUACCUAGGCCUUUUUUUAUUGGGGAAAAUCAUCGAAUGGCUGCUCCCGCCUUGCGUGAGGCGGGAGGGAGUGUCAGACUCUUACUGACUAAAAACCACCCCGUUCCUACUCCUAUGGUGAUCUGACAGCAUUUUGAAGCGCGAAACGCUCGGCGCCUUACGCUCGGGUAGAGUUCUGGAUCGGGUGGCGAGCUACCCUUGCUUGCCGUCCGCAGACACGGUGGCCGGUGGAGCAGUGGUUACUUCUAUAAGUACCUAUUGAACGUCAUGAUAAUUAUUAUGUUUUAGAACCUGUAAUAACUUGUUGGUAACGCUAAAGUACCGCGGCGGGACAGAAACAUGUAGUGACGCGUUGAAUGUGUUGUUUAUAUAUAAGUACCGCCCGCUGUGUACUGCACAGUGCUGUAGUGGCGGCAGUGACACACGCCCGCGCAGCGCGACACUGAGAUACUAUUAUCACAAGCACACAUGGAGAGCGAGCCGACGCUGCCGUCGAAGACGGUGCCGGGACUGGGGUUCAAGAACGUGGCGGCCGCGGAGCGCACGUUGCGAGCGUUGCACGGCAGGGACCCCUUCUACCAGAAGCUGGUACUCUGUGGACUCAAGUCAACCGCCAUGCAAGUGAUUCGGCUUACACGCAAAGACAGGAAGGUUUCCAAUAUAAAGGCAGCGGUGGCCAUCUUCGACAAGUUCAUCGAAGACUUCGACGCGCGCCGCGUCAUCAAACAGAACAACCCGUACCUGUCGCUCGAUACAGUCAGAAAAGUGGAGGAACUGGCGGGGGACAACAUUACGGAACUGCAGAAAGCAUUCAUAGCGGCGUACAUCAGUGUGCGCGGCGAGUACAGGCGACUGCGCAACGUGCGCGCGCCAGGUGAAGACACUACCUGGGACAUCGUCAGGAACAGAGAGCUCAAGACGCUCAAAAGAAAGCUCGCCCACGCAGAACUCUUCGAAGAUGAUGGAGAGCCAACAGAGGAGCACAUAGAGAUGUUACUCUGGGCAUACUCCCCCGACUGUAGGAGACUCUGGGAGCACUUCCACAAGCCCAGAGUGGAGAGAGAGAGGUACAGGGAAAUUGACAUCGACCUUCAGAUGCUGGAAACCUGCAACCACGACGACCAGAGUGACGGAGGGAGACGGCGCAGCAAGAGGAUCACUGAAAAGACGAUAUCCAACAUAAAGGAAGCGGUGGUGACCCUCGAGAAGUCCUUGCAAGAGCUCAAGGCACAAACCAAACGGAACCCAUACCUGUCGCUCGAUGUAGUCAAGAAGGCGAAGGAGCUAGCGAGGGACAACAUUACUGAACUGCAGAAAUCGUUCAUAGCGGCGUAUAGCGACGUCUCGGGCGAGUACAAGCGACUGCGCAGCGUGCGCGCGCAGGCCGGGGACUCCACCUGGGACAUCGUCAGGAACAGGGAGCUUCAGACGCUCAAGGAGAAGCACGCAGGCGCAAAGCUGUUCACUGAUGAUGACGCACCCACAACAGAACACAUAGAGAUGUUACUCUGGGCGUACUCUCCGGAACCUAAGCGAGUCGCGAAAGAAUUACAUUUCUUCGAUAUCAAGGAGAAGGGAGAGAAAGAGAGCGAGGGUGACAAAGGAGACAAGAGUGUCAAUAGUGACAAAAGAGACAAAAAAGAUAGAAAGAGACAGAUUAGCAACGACAGGAAUAAAGAGAGUGGUAGAAUGCUACGACGCAGCAAGAGGAUUAAAAAGUAGGUAAUAGUGAUUGUUUGGUGAUUUUAAAGUUAUUGUU